AUGGCCGGUGUGGGAUCCCGGUCCGAGCUCCUGAACCUGCUGGGCGAUGUCAAAGCCCGCGUGCAGGACAAGAUUGGGAUCGUGGACUUUCCAAUGCCUCAGUUCAUCUUGAUUGGCAAGCAGUCGGUGGGAAAGAGCCGACUCAUCGAGGCCCUUGCGGGGGAGACCUUCAACUUCAUCUCCGGAACGUUAGGCAGCCGGCGGCCCACAAUCCUCGAGUUCCGCAACGUUGCUGGCUCGAAGGCAUCCAAGUGGUUCGUCCGGGAUAGGGCCACAGGCCACUGGAACGAGCACGAGAUCAGCAGAGUCAUGCAGCUGGUCGGCGAUGCGCAUGAAGAGCUAGGGGAGACAGUUUCUUCUGAUCCCAUUUGUGUUCGAGUCCAGUCUCCUGCUUGUGUGGACAUGCAAAUAGUUGACCUUCCGGGCUUCCGGGACUUUGCACUGGACACCUCCAAGCAGGAGCUGUGCAACAGGAUCGAAGAGCUUGUGAUGCAAUUCAUGCGGGAUCCUCGCAAUGUGAUGCUUUGCGUGGAGCAGUGCGGGGACGCAGCCACCAUGUCCACCUUGGGCAAGUGCCGCUCGAUUGACCCAAAGUUUCAGAGGACCAUUCUCGUCCGCACGAAGCUGGACAAGUACUACACUGACUUGACGAAGGAGAACGUCAACCAGUGGGUGGAUGGCUUCGGCGACCUUCCCGAAAACUUGGUUCGCUUCGCCUUGACACUGCCCUGGUGGCAGGAUGGAGAGGCGUGUCCUGCCGAGUCCUUCGUGAAGCUGCGGGAAGAGUUCAAUCAGAAGGAUAUGAAGGAGAUGAGGGAUCGGAUGCUGAAGCCGCAGUACCUUGAGACCAUCGGCUUCCAGUCCUUCGCGAACUUCAUGGAGAAGAAGAUCGAGCACAUGUUCGCGGACGCCAUCAACCCCGUGUUGGACAAGCUGAAGGAGCUGAAGGCCAAGUGGACCUCCAAGGAACAGAGCCUCGUCACCGAGCACGAGGAGACUGACCCCCACAGGAUCUUGAGCACAACCCGGGAGUGCGGGACCUCCUUCGCGCAGGCCUUGAGGCAUGUCAUGGAGGGUAUUCCGAACCUGAUGACUGGCCGGAUGAAGCUCGAUUCAGAGCUCAGGUCAUUCCAUGACCAUCACUUAAAAGUCGGGUCAGAUCACUUCGUGAUGCUUCCGUCGGAGGACUUCCGUGAUCUAGAUGACUACAUAGAGUACCUCACGAACGAAAUACAAGUCGGUGCUUCAGAUGCAGAGGUCAACGGCGGUGCCCAGUUUCGCCGGGUGAUGUCUGAAGUUGAGAUUUUCCUCCGAUUUUCCGAAAUUGCUGUGGAGACCAAGAAGCGUGACGUCAUCCAGGCACGCGGCGUGUCCAUGAGCUCCUUGACUUGGCGCGAUGUGGUGGUGAAGCUCCUGAGCAACGAAGCACACCUGCCGUUGCAGAGAAGGGUCCAAUACGUCGGCGAGCGCAUCAAGUGGUUCUUCCAGAUCCAGAAGGAAGCAGUCAUCGACUUUAUGAGCAGCCUGGAGGGGAAUCCGAGCUCGACGAUGUACUCCAGUCUGCUCUGGAAGAACGUGAAGCUCAUCAAGCAGAAUGAGAUGAUCAAACACCUGGUUUUCUCCACCUACGAUCAGGCCUGUCAGCGCCAGCUGAAUCAGUUUAUCGAGCUUUUCGACAACAUGCUUACGUCGACCUUUGCCAAUCCCUGGGUCUUCCUCAAGGGCGCGACCUACGGAGGUUACACAGAGGAGGAGGAUGCCGAUGCUGCGCUGCCCUCCAUCGAUGACACCAAGGAGAGGAUUCCAAAAGAGAUCCAGAGCCGGUCCGGGAUCGAGAGCACCCUUUCCAAGUGGCUGCUUGAAAUCCCCACGGAGUCCCAUCAGAUUGACGAGGCAGUGGACAAGGUCCAGAUGCUGGUCCUCAAAACGUACAGCUUCAUCAGGUCCCAGGUGUGCGAUCAGGUAGAACUGUUUGCAGAGUCCUUUUUCAAGCUGCCGAUGCUGCGUCGACUAGAAGAGGACAUGAACAAGAUCUCACUCUCCGAUGCGGACAAGACCAACUACAAGGCGCGGCGCGAGCGCCUUGAAGGAGAGGUAACGAAGGUGCGAGAGAAUUUGAAGGAGGUGUCUGAGUGCAUCGAGAAGCUGCAGGGCUUCAAGCUCAAGUGCAACGCACAGCGAGCUCACUGA